GCAUAUCACGGAGUUGCACACUUUCAGUUUAAAAGCGCGGAGUUUGGAGGCCAUAUAAUAUAAAUCUGUUUUACUGGGGGCCAUAUACAGAGCAAGAUAGCUCAUGGAUUAAGCAUCAAUAAACGGGCGAUGGAUCUAAUUUAUCUGCUGAAGUCGCUGUGCCUCUCUAUGCCUUCUUGUGCUCCAUAUAUUAGGUAUUAGAGCUCACCUGUUUGAAGGCUGUGGACAUGAGCUGCUUCCAUAACGCAUCACUCAUCCCGUUAAAGCCCAGCUUACUCGUGUCAGUCACGUCAGCUGAAUACUGUACCUACUCUGCAGCACUAUUGCUAAGAAAUACUGAAGCCAGCCCAGUAAGCCCGAGUGCUAUACCCAUGUCCGUUUGGGGCAGAUCUGAGCGUUUCAUGUUUCACGUUUCAAGGCCCCGUAUUUACUACCAAGCGCUGCCAUCCAAUCCAGCGCCUGCAUGCACAGCGACGAUUGCCCAGGCACAGGCCUCCUACUUGCCUCUUCUGGUGUUGUCGCUGCUCAUCCUAUCAUUCGCUGCCUCUCUUCGUUAUAGCCAUGGCUUUUCCCACUCUUUUGCCGCGCGGACAAGAUGAAACACUGGGCCUCGUGAAUUUUCUUUUUUUGAUUGCUGCACGUAGCCUACACCUACCCCGUAUAUUCACUGGGCUUUUACC